ACAGAUCUUAUGUUGUCGUAUCGAACAAUCAGCUGUGCCGCACGCGUGCUUUCCAGUUUUGUUGUUGAUUAUUUCAGCAGUCGCCAAGAAAUUUAAUUUAAUUUGUAAAUUAGUGACGAUUUAACUAUUAAAUCACUGACUCGUCAUACUUUCAAGCAAUAACAACACAACGACCAUGUUCUUCCGAACACUGGUUAGGAGAUUUCACCGGCCGGCCCUAUUACAGUGCAAACCCGAAAUCCCCAAAGGACCACCAUCAGCCGGUUCGGAAAAAGUGAAAGACCUCCUGGAUAAUGCCGCCACCUUCCAGGACAUCCGACCGCAAAGUGAAGAGGACGCCUGGGCCACCCUUCCCUACGUAGAUGGGACAUUCUUCGGGGGUCGCAAUCAGGCAAUGAAAUCAAACCGACCGAAAAUCGAUCCCCGCGAGACCACGAUCAUACUGUUCCCCGGCCAGGGGGCGCAAUACGUUGGAAUGGCUUCCAGGUUGCUGAAGUACCCCGGCGCGCGGGACAUAUUUGCCCUGGCUAACGAUGUGCUGGGGUACGAUUUGCUUAAACUGUGCGUCGAGGGCCCUAGGGAGAAGCUUGAUCAGACCAUGUACUGCCAACCGGCGGUGAUGGUUUCCUCUCUGGCAGCGCUCGAGCAGCUCAGAGAGGAACGACCGAACGCCAUCGAUAACUGUUUUGCCACGGCCGGAUUCAGUCUGGGUGAGAUCACAGCGUUGGUGUUUGCCGGAGCCAUUUCAUUCGAUAAGGCAGUCAAGCUGGUGCAGAUCCGAGCCGAAGCUAUGCAAUGGGCAAGCGAGCAGACCAAAAGUGGAAUGGCAACGGUACUGUUUUCUCCGGAUGCUCGACUCGGGGAAGCCUGUAAAGAUGCCGUGAACUGGUGCAUUCAACGAGGCAUGGAAAAUCCGGAAUGCCGAAUAGCUAAUUAUUUGUAUCCAAGUUGUAAGGUAAUCGCAGGUAACACCGAAGCGCUCAAAUUUCUCGAAGCCAACACGAAAAAGUACGGCAUUAAACGGAUAAAACGUUUACCGGUGAGCGGUGCGUUUCACACCGAACUCAUGGCAUCAGCAGUGGAACCAUUCUCAAAAGCACUCAAAAAGAUAAAAAUCGAAGACCCCAUCAUCAGUGUGCACUCGAAUGUGGACGGCAAACGGUAUCGAAACCCGGGGCACAUACUGAAUCAACUUCCAAAGCAGAUAGUGCGACCGGUCAAGUGGGAACAAACGUUGCAUAAUCUGUACGAACGGAAAACCGGCGAAUUCUUCCCCCGCACGUUCGAAUGUGGUCCAGGGAAAGGUUUGAAAGCUAUUCUCAAACAGGUCAAUGCCAAAGCAUGGGAUUCGUCUUUCAAUAUAGAAGCUUGAUAGGAAAA